AUGAGUUCUAAUUCGCAUCACAAUCAAUUUAUAUCACAGUUGGUUCCAACACCUGUUGGCUCUUGUCCACCGCCUCCUCAAUCCGGACAACAAGGAGACUUCGCUUCUGGCUGUUGUCCACCACCACCUUCUUCCGGAUUUUGUCCACCACCUCCUUCAUCUGGCUUUUGUCCACCACCACCUCCGUCUGGCUAUUGUCCACCACCACCACCAAGUUAA